AUGGAUCCCCAUGCAGCUCGCGAGCUGCUGGAGUACCUGCGCACAUGUUACCCAAUCUUUCUGCUGUUCCUCUUUGCUGUGGCCUUCGUAGUCAACACGAUGGUCACUGCAAGCAAGGCCAGCAACAAUGAAACUGUUCGCAUGGGCCCGGGUGGACGACCACUUCCCAAGCGAUGCCGUAGUGCAGCUCCCGCCCGGAAGCCCAAGGAGUUUUCUCCUACCGUCAAACGCUUUUUCAAUUGGUUCUCGGUAGCCGUGCUCGUCACAUACCUGGCUGAUGCAACAAUCUACAUUCUCCAUGUCCUGCUGGCCCGAUCUGAGAAUUGGUGGCGAGGUCAGUCUUCAGUUAUCUAUAUUGUCGGCUCCUUCUUCUUCUACGCCGUCUUGUUGAUGACACUGCUCGACACAAGCCCAUCCCCGACAGCGGCUCAAUUCGUGUGUUGGCUUGCUGCCAUUCCUCUCGAACUUGUUAUUCUUAGCACCAGUCUCUCGCUUUACACCUCUCCUCACAAUGAGCCUGUCGUCGGCGAUCCCGAAGGCGGCAAACUUCGCCAAACUAUUACUCCUUGGGAAUACUUUGAAGUGGCCUCGAACAGUCUCCGAGUGCUGAUUUUGUUGGCUCUCGUUGUUUUGUACGCCAGCAAGUCAAUCACGUGGAAGAGUCAGGAGAAGAAGGGACAUCAUGCAAAUGGUGGCAUCACCGAGUCCACUGGACUCCUGGAUCCCGCAGCUGCAGAGAACGGCAAUGGAAACGGCCAUGCCUACGGUGCUACCAAUGGUACUGCGGGUGCUGAGACGGCCAAGCCGCAGCCAGAUCCUUGGGUUCGCCCGACGACCAUGCCUGCUACAAGCUGGUGGGAGUAUCUCAGCGGCUACUCGCUCUUUUUCCCAUACCUGUGGCCGUCCAAGUCCCGCCGUCUGCAAAUUAUCGUAGUCCUUUGCUUCAUUCUGCUCGUUCUCCAGCGAAUUGUGAAUGUCAUGGUGCCCAACAAAGUCGGAGAUAUUAUCACCAAAUUGGCCAACGAGGAAGGAAAGGAUUUCCGCGUCCCCUGGCUUGAAAUCAUGAUGUAUGUGAUCCUCCGGUGGCUGCAGGGCGGGCAGGGUCUGCUGAGCUCCAUGCGAUCCAGCCUGUGGAUCCCUGUCAGUCAGUAUUCUUACAUGGAGCUUUCCAAUGCUGCCUUUGAGCAUGUGCAUGGUCUCAGCUUGGAUUUCCAUCUCGGGAAAAAGACUGGUGAAGUGCUCUCUGCUCUGAGCAAGGGCAGCUCGAUCAACACCUUCCUCGAGCAGGUGACCUUCCAGGUGGUGCCAAUGUUGAUAGACUUGGUCAUUGCAUUCGGGUACUUCCUUGUUGAGUUUGAUGCCUACUACGCACUUGUUGUGGGUAUCUCGACUUUCGGCUAUCUUUACGUUACUAUUCGUAUGGCUCAGUGGAGGGCGGAGAUUAGAAGACAGAUGGUCAACGCAUCGCGCCAGGAAGAUGCCGUGAAGAACGACUCGAUGGUCUCUUAUGAGACAGUCAAGUACUUCAACGCCGAGCAAUACGAGUUCCAACGCUACCGCGACGCCGUGGGCGAGUUCCAGAAGGCCGAGUACCAUGUUCUCUUCUCCUUGACGCUUCUCAACACCUGCCAGAAUACAGUAUUUAUGAUGGGCCUGCUACUCACCUGCUUCAUCGCCGCAUACCAAGUUUCCACCGGCCAGCGCCGAGUCGGUCAGUUUGUUACUCUGUUGACUUAUAUGGCCCAGCUCCAGGGUCCAUUGAACUUCUUCGGCACAUUCUACCGUUCUAUUCAAUCUGCCCUGAUCAAUGCCGAGCGUAUGCUCGAAUUGUUCCGGGAGCAGCCUACGGUGGUUGACAGCCCUUACGCCAAACCUUUGGCAAUAUGCAAUGGUGACAUCAAGUUCUCCGGCGUGGAUUUCUCGUAUGAUAAGCGGAAACCAGCUUUGAAUGGGCUAACAUUCCGCUGUGAACCCGGCACCACGACUGCCUUGGUUGGCGAGUCCGGCGGUGGCAAAUCGACCGUAUUCCGACUGCUCUUCCGAUUCUACAAUGCUGAGAAGGGAUGCCUUAGCGUUGAUGGCCAUGAUGUUCAAGACCUCACAAUUGACUCUCUUCGAAGGCAUAUUGGUGUGGUUCCUCAGGAUACGGUCCUCUUCAACGAGACCUUGAUGUACAACCUGAAGUACGCCAACCAAACAGCUACCGACGAAGACGUCUACGAGGCCUGCCGGGCCGCCAGCAUUCACGACAAGAUUCUGGCUUUCCCCGAUGGUUACAAUACGAAGGUUGGUGAGCGUGGCUUACGUUUGAGUGGUGGCGAGAAACAGCGUGUUGCAAUUGCACGCACCAUCCUGAAGAACCCUCGAAUCAUACUUCUGGACGAAGCUACCGCUGCUCUGGAUACUGACACGGAAGAGCACAUUCAGCGGGCUCUCUCGACUCUCUCGCACGGCCGUACUAUGCUCGUGAUUGCUCAUCGUCUCAGCACCAUCACCACUGCUGACCGUAUUCUGGUCCUGGCAGACGGUCAGGUGGCCGAGAGUGGCACUCACGAGGAACUAUUGGCUCUGAGAGGCCGCUAUGCCAGCAUGUGGCGCAAGCAGAUCCGAGCCCAGAAGGCAGCUGCCGAAGCUCAAGUUUUGCAAGACCGCGCCGAGCGUAUCCGCAAUGCCACGCACAGCGAUGACAGCUCCAGUCAAUCCGACGAGGACCGCAAGGGCAGCCAUCAUCCCGCUCACUAA